AUGGAGGUCGUCCGCGCGGCGGUCGCGAACCCCGGCGCCGUCGCGAUCGUGACGUCCGACGGGCGACAGUUCACGAACGCGGACCUGCUGCGCGCGAGCGACGCGCUCGUUCGGUCGUCGUCGUCGUCGUCGCCGUCCGACGUCGACGCCUCGUCUCCCGCGCCGUCCGGGGGCACGAGAUGCCGCCGCAUCGGCCGGCGCGUCGGCGUCUUCGCGCGCCCGGGGCCCGAGUACGUCGCGGCGAUGCUCGCGGCGUGGCGCGCGGGCUGGGUCGCCGUGCCGUUGGGGGUGUCGCACCCCGUGCCGGAGCUCCGGCACGCGCUCGAGGAGUCGCGCGCGACGACGGUGUUCCACGCGGACGAGUUCGACGACGCGAUGGACGCGGUCGUCGCGGACGGCGGUCCGGAGGUGACGCGCGUCGCGCUGCGAAGGGUGGACGAUGCGGGGUGUGACCAAUGGGAAGGAGACGCGUGUCUGUUUGACGACACGUGUCGCGACGACGACGCGGCGUUGAUCAUCUUCACGAGCGGCACGACGGGGCAGCCGAAGGCGCGCGGCGGUGCACACGCACGGCACGCUGUCGGCGCAGAUAAAGGCACGUUCUAUACACUGGUCCCCAUACGACCGCGUUGGCGUGGUGAACGCCGAUCCUUAAGGACUUCACUUCCCGGCGCAUCUCUCCAACCACCCCUCGUUUUCAACGCCCGCCCUCGACGCCUUUCAACCCCAUCUGACGCCUUUCAACUCCAACCCGACAAUCGCUUGUAUGGAACGACCCUAAAGUCUCUCGUGGAGGCGUGGGCGUGGAGCGCGGACGAUAGGAUCUAUCACGCGCUGCCGCUGCAUCACAUCCACGGCGUCGUGAACGCGUGGAUGUGCGCGCACGCCGUGGGCGCGGUCGUGGAGUUCGACGAGCGAGGGUUCGCCGCAGAGAGGUUUUGGGGACGGUUGCUCGCCUCGUCGGCGUCGGCGUCGGCGUCGGCGUCGGCGUCACCGCCGCCGCCGAUCACGGUGUUCAUGGGCGUCCCCACGAUGUACGUGCUCGCGCUGCGUCACGUGGACGAAGUCGCCGGCGUGGAAACAGAAAAAGAAACGGCCGCGCAUCGGGCGUUCAGAGACGCCGCGGCCGCGCUGCGGCUCGCCGUCAGCGGCUCCGCCGCGUGCCCGACGAGCGUUAUGUAUCGGUGGGAAGACCUCGUCGGCGACGCGAGAAAAGGAUUGCUAGAACGAUACGGCAUGACCGAGAUCGGGAUGGCGCUGUCGAACCCGCUGGAACCGACGGAGCGCCUGAUCGGGUGCGUCGGUUACGCGCUGCCGGGCGUCGUCGUGAAGCUCGCGCCGCUGCCGGAGUUUGAGGAGGACGAGACGGAGGAGUCGGAGGACAGCGACGGCUACCCGGCGCCGCCGCGGGAGGCGCGUUUACGUUUACGCCGAGGCAUGCCGGGCGCGCUCGGGGAAUACGGCGAACUGCGCGUGAAAUCGCCGGGCGUCUUCGUCGAGUACCUGGGCCGGCCGGAGAAGACGGCGGACGCGUUCGACGAGGAGGGGUACUUCAAGACGGGCGACGUCGUCGAGAUUACGCGCGAGUACGACGUGCCGUCGGACGUCGUGUACUCGGCGUAUAAGGUGUUGGGCCGAAAAGGUUUAGACGUCAUCAAGACGGGCGGAUACAAAGUCAGCGCGCUCGAGGUCGAGUCCAUCCUUCUGACGCACGACGAGAUCGUCGAGUGCGCGGUGUGCGGCGUCGCGGACGAGACGUACGGCGAGAGAGUCGGCGCGGUCGUGGCGCUGACCGAGCGCGGGCGCGGCGGCGGCGGCGGCGGCGACGACGCGAAGGUGACGGCGGAGUCGCUGCGAGCGUGGACGAAGAAGACGCUCGCGUCGUACAAGUGUCCGAGCGCGCUCGUGGUCGUGGAGGAGAUCCCGCGGAACGCGAUGGGGAAGGUCAACAAGAGAGAGCUCAAGAAGCUGUUCGAGCGCAGCCAGUCCCACGCGUCCACGCCUCCACUUCGGCCGGUUCGCAUCCCCGUCCCGGUCAGACGCGCACCCGCGGCUCGAGCUCACGCACCUGAAGCUAGCAGCGACCGCGCUCACGCAGCCGCUCCAGCACCGCGACCCGACCACCGCGCCCGCGCCAGACGUGACCGGGACCGGCGCGUCCUAGCCCUCGCACACGGACUCGGCCGCGACGCCCACGUCGCACACUGA